UUGGCGCCUGAUUGGAGCGCGCAAACUCAAACGCUGCUUGAGCUAGAUGUCAGGAAAGACAAUUACAAGUAGUCGAAAGCAACAAGUGAAAUUGCUCAGUUAUUGAAAGUUAUAAUUGUUCUUCAGAUGUAUGGAAACGUUUUUGUAAGCGACCGUUGGCGUAUCGUUCAACAUCUAAAGCCAGGAAGAACGCUAGCUAACUACCCUGGUUAAAACGUUAGCAAUUUAGUUCGUAAAUUGCCAUCCAUUACUAAGCAGCUGGCAAACCAGCUCGUAUACAAUGCCUUGUGCUACACAGCUGUUUUUAGCACUGGCUACCUACUUAUACUGAAAGUGAAUAUAUUAGGGAUUUAGUACGCUCGCUUUCAGUAACUAGUAAAGUUGCCCUGCUGUAUCCAGGGAGUUGUUUGGCCAUCACCCGACGAUGACUUCUGUUUUGAAUGACCCGACUCUGGAGAGGCAUUUCAAGGGCCACAGGGACACAAUAACCAGCGUUGACUUCAACUGCAAUAUGAAACAAAUCGCGACCGGUUCCAUGGACUCCUGUCUGAUGAUCUGGAACAUGAAGCCCCAGAUGAGAUCUUACCGCUUCGCGGGACACAAGGAUGCCGUGACGUCAGUCCAGUUUUCUCCCUCCGGACACCUGGUGGCUUCAGCGUCCCGGGACAAAACUGUCCGUCUUUGGGUACCCAGUGUUAAGGGGGAGUCUUCGGUGUUCCGAGCCCACACCGGAACGGUCCGGAGCGUCUGCUUCUCCGCGGACGGUCAGAACCUGGUCACCUCCUCCGACGACAAGACCGUCAAAGUCUGGACCGUCCACAGACAGAAGUUUCUGUUCUCACUCCACCAGCACAUCAACUGGGUCCGCUGUGCCAAGUUUUCCCCGGACGGCAGGUUAAUCGUGUCGGCCAGUGAUGACAAGACCAUUAAGAUAUGGGACAAGACCAGCGGAGAGUGCGUCCACUCCUUCUAUGAGCAUGGAGGGCAUGUGAACUAUGCAGACUUCCACCCCAGUGGGACGUGUAUAGCUGCGGCCAGCACCGACAACACUGUCAAGGUCUGGGACAUCCGGACGAAUAAGUUACUGCAACACUACCAAGUGCACAGUGGCGUGGUAAACAGUCUGUCCUUCCAUCCGGCCGGCAGCUUCCUCCUGACGGCCUCCAACGACUCCACGCUGAAGGUCCUGGACCUGGUGGAGGGACGCCUGCUCUACACUCUGCACGGACACCAGGGCCCGGCCACCUGCGUUGCAUUUUCUAGGACUGGAGAAUACUUUGCCUCUGGAGGAGCUGAUGAACAGUUGAUGGUGUGGAAGACGAACUUUGACACAGCUGACUACGGAGAGGUGUUACGAUUACGACAUACUGCUCCAUGCGUGGACCGAGGAGGUGUAGGAAGCACAGCUUUCCCUGAAGACUCUGGGAGCUCCCUGCUCCACAGCCAGAUGUCCUCUGCGUCUGAGCUUGGUAACGGCCGGGGCUCUUGUGAUGAGGUGAGGAGCAGGAGUGGCAGCUGUGCCCAGGUCCUGUCAUCCAGACCCUCCAAGUCGCAGACCUCCAGGUCCCCCGGGACAAGGCCCUCCUCGGCCCAGCCGGAGCCCCAGGGAGCAGGCAUGGUCCCUGCUGUUCUGGCCAGCACCUUGGAGCACAUUGUAGCUCAACUGGAUGUUCUUACUCAGACUGUGGCCAUUCUAGAACAGAGGUUGACUCUGACGGAAGACAAGUUAAAGGAGUGCAUUGACAACCAGCACCAGAUCAGCUCACAGCUCCAGACCAGAAGCUAACGACCCAACCCCCAGACGACAAGAUAUCAACCAGGCCUCCUGACCAGAAGCUAACAACCAGACUAGAGACUGACUCUAGAAACUAGUACCAACUCUCCUAGCUAAGAGCUCAAACCAACCAACCAAAGUUUUUCCUAUACUUCAAUCCCAAUAAAAAGACCUGAGUGAAUGCUGUCUCCUAUCAAACACAAAGGGCUUCUGUUGAGUCCUCUCUGUCCCCGAAUGGGCCCUAGUCCUAAAACCCAUCCAUGUUCUGUUUUGUCUAAGGGAGGGCAUCCAUGUUCUGUUUUGUCUAAGGGAGGGCAUCCAUGUUCUGUUUUGUCUAAGGGAGGGCAUCCAUGUUCUGUUUUGUCUAAGGGAGGGCAUCCAUGUUCUGUUUUGUCUAAGGGAGGGCAUCCAUGUUCUGUUUUGGGCUGGAGAUGGAGUGUAUGUGUGUUUUUUUAUGUGUGAUUUAAAGUGUGUAUGAAGGUUUUGCAUGGAUGAGCAAACUGACGUUUAGACAGUAGAAUAGAAUAGUGCUGAGAGCAUCAGAGCCGUGUUUAGUGCUGAGUCAGAGGUUCUAGUAGGUGCCUUGAAAGAGAAGAUGACCAAGAGGGAGAGCUUUGCAACUUGUGCCCCCAAAUUAUUUUGAAAUGAUCUGAGUUGUUGCUGUACCUUAAACUGGUACACGCAAGUCGCACUGGUUUGGAUGUUGGAUAAGGGAUUUCUGGUUUAAAUGGUGUUUGUUGUUUUGAUAAGGGAUUUCUGGUUUAAAUGGUGUUUGUGGUUUUGAUUAGGGAUACGUGGUUUAGAUGGGGUUUGUGGUUUUGAAUGUAGAUUUUUGUCUUUGUGCUCAUAAAGGAUGUGAGUUUUCCAAAUUAUAUUAAUUAGUAUGUGAAUUAAGCUGCUAUUAUAAUGUGUAGGUUUUUGGUCAUUUAUUUAAGGAAGUGCUAUGACCAUAUCUUCUCUAACAUGGUUGUAGCACUACUUUAAGUGUCAAAAAUUUGUAUUUUGCAAUAAACCUUUGUGCUUUUUGUUAUGAAUUGUUAAUCCAACCCUGAAACUGCAAUACAAGUGUCAUUUUAGUUCAUUAUACCCCUGGUGAAUGAAAUACUCAGGUCUUUGUAAAGACGGAACCUCUUCAUGUCAGAGGUGUAAAGUGCUGUUUUCUUGAGGAGGGGAAUGUCUAUCCAGCUUGGAGUCAAACGGGACAUAAGCAGUGGUUUGGGAUGAGUGGAUGAGGGACAGCAGGAAUGGGAAAAGAUCUCCAGAGAUCUGAAGAAGACAGGCGGGAAUUGGGUGUUGAGAGGGCAGGUGGUUGACCGGAGUUGUUGCAGGAUUUCAUCUGGAGAGAACGGGGAACAAGAGGUCACAUGUGUGGACGGGCUUACUGUGUGGGACUCAUCUAGUGCAGCGAGCCUGGGAGGUUUGGUGAGAUAGAAGUUAGAGAAGGACUGAGAGAGAAAGACCAAGGGAAAUGCUACAAUGUAGUGUGUCUGUGUGGGGUUUGUGGGGGUAGAUGUUGGGAGAAAGAGAGAAAGACAGAGUGAAAGACGCUGCAGUUUAGUGUGUCUGUGGGGUUUGUGGGGGUGGAUGAUUUCUAUGAACGGAGACUGUUCUGCUGUGUGAUUGUUCCCCAGGAGUAAUCCAGACCAGAGCCCGUUCUGCUGUGUGAUUGUUCCCCAGGAGUAAUCCAGACCAGAGCCCGUUCUGCUGUGUGAUUGUUCCCCAGGAGUAAUCCAGACCAGAGCCCGUUCUGCUGUGUGAUUGUUCCCCGGGGCUAAUCCAGACCAGAGCCCGUUCUGCUGUGUGAUUGUUCCCAGGGGGUAAUCCAGACCAGAGCCUGAUCUGUGUGAUUGUUCCCCGGGGGUAAUCCAGACCAGAGCCUGAUCUGUGUGAUUGUUCCCAGGGGGUAAUCCAG